GACAUCAAAUCCUGGCUCGAUGGGGCAGGGCCUGAAGGAGCCAUCUACUUCAGCCUAGGCUCCGUUGCCCGAGGAGACUCGAUGCCCUCGAAGUACAGGGACAUGCUGGUCGAGGCCUUUAAGAGAUUAAACCACAGGAUUCUGUGGAAGUUUGAGAGGGACAUCGAGGGCGUUUCGGACAACGUCAUGAUCAAGAAGUGGCUCCCCCAGCAGGAUAUCCUAGCUCACCCCAACGUGAAGUUAUUCAUCACCCACGGAGGUCUGCUGAGCCUCCAGGAGUCCUGCUACCACGGCAAACCCGUCCUGGUCCUUCCGAUAUUCGGGGACCAAGAAAAGAACGGCAUCAAGGCCCAGACAUCUGGGUUCGGCCUAUGGCUCGUCUGGGAGGAGCUGACGGUGGAGAAGAUUACGGAGUCGGUCCGGGAAAUCAUCGAGAACCCGAGGUAUUCGGAAACUAUAUCUUCAGUAUCCCGUUGCCUGAAGGAUCAGCUGAAUUCCCCCCUGGAGAGGGCCAUCUUUUGGACGGAGUACGUCGUCAGGCACAAGGGAGCACCUAGACUGAGGUCCCCCGGAGCCAGUCUCUCUUGGGUGGAGUAUCUCCUGCUGGAUGUCUUGGCGCUCUUCUUCUUGAUUGUGGUCACAGUUCUCCUGGUCGUCCGCUGGAUCGUCAAGAAGAUGCUACGGGCGGUAUUUACUAAAAGCAAAGCGAAGACUGCUAAAAAGAAGAAUCAGUAAUGUAGAGACAAACGUUUGUGUUAUGUAAUGAUAUAAAAAUGGGUUAUGUAUACGAUGAAAACAUUGUUCACUCGAAAGUGCGUUGGUCAGCCGAAUAGUAUAUCCAAAUUAAAGUACUAUAUCUAGUAUACAGUGCCAUAAUAGCUACAGAUAAAUUUUAAAGAUCCGUA